AUGGAAGCUACCGACCAUGAUCCGUUGGCCAUCUUUAUGCGGCCACCACCAAACGAAACGCCAACCGAGAGAGGCGCUCGUGAAGAAAGAGAGGCUCACGCGCGUCAAAUAAGCGAUCAGAUUGACGAACAACUCAAGAAGGAUAAAGCAGCUCUAAAACGACAGAAUGGGUUUGUCCGACUGUUGCUUUUGGGUCAGUCAGAGAGCGGUAAAUCAACGACUAUCAAAAACUUUCGAAUGAAAUACUCCCAUGCUCAGUGGAAAGCUGAACGUCUCUCCUGGCGCGCCGUCAUUCAGCUCAACCUCGUCCGCUCCGUCCUCACCAUCCUCGACACAAUCCAAACAGAAAUGGACGGGACCACCUCCACCCCAACGCCCUCCGUUGUUCAAGAAACUUCCUCUCACAAAGAGGACCAGGAGGAAGAUGACCCAAUUCCCUGCGCGACUACAAGUGGCGUCGGCAUUCUCGCGAACAUAAGCCGCCGUUCAUCGCUAUCCAAGGACUCCAACUCAAGUUUACGAACGACUCUAUCAAGUCAACACCAAAUUCUCAAACUCCGCUUAGAACCUUUGCGCAGAGUUGAAGCAGAUUUGAAGAAACAUUUAGGUGCAGGAUCGGACGAGGAAGAAUUUGACUCCAGCGCAUCCCUUGGUGUCGACCCCCUAGGACCCUCAUCCUCUAGUUUAGCUAUAUCGUGUUUCGACGAACGCCUCCAAGAAGACUCCAAGAUCAACCGUCUCAAAGACUCCUUGCUCCUCUGGCGCUGCGUCUGUUCCUCUAAACUCCUGGUCAAAGCAACCCUCAUCCUCUUCCUCAACAAAUGCGAUAUUCUCAAUCGUAAAUUGAAGUCCGGCGUUAUGGUGAAGAAGUUCCUCCCGAACUAUGGGGAAAGGCCGAAUGAGGCAGGGAGUGUUAUCAAAUACCUUGAAAAAAAGUUCAAGGAUAUACUGAAGGAGCAGUCCCUGGUUCCCAGGAUGUGUUACUGUUAUGCGACAUCCGUGACUGACACCGAAGCUACUGCGAAUACACUCAAGACAGGUUGGUUUCCCAUUCUCGGUGUGAAUGCAUUCUCUGAUGGAUCUUGGUUGCGACAGUGA